UUGUUACACUUUAGAGAAAAAUGUGAAUAAAAGUGGUAGAUAUGAAUAAAAGCAAUAAAUCAACGAUUUUUGCUAUCUUUUUCUGUUUAAUAUACUUUUCUUGCUUAACACCUAUUAUAUGGGCUCAGGUAUUAUCAAAUGGAGACUGUCUUAGCUAUGCCUCCUUUGAUUACUUUCGUCAAUCUCCCGGAGGAUAUGAUUCUUCGGAGUCAAUGGAUGGUCAGCUUUGUGCAGCCCUUUGCGCUAAAGUAUGGAUGCCUUACGCGGGUGUUGUGUUGAAGAAGCAUUGUUUGUGUGCGUAUGAAAACGAUAGACCCGCUAUUGAAGCCAUAGAAAAGGUGUCCAAUGAGUUAUGCGAUAUCAGUGAUGACUACAUGCGCUACUAUGAGGGCAAAGUUAUUCACCCGAUCGUGGAUUUGUCCAUUAAAUCAGAAAAAGAAGAGAUUUCUAUAGAUGAAGAAAUUAGGUUUGAUGUCAGUAUAAAUAGCGGAGAAGAAGUUGAGUUUUCUGUUGAUUUUGGCGACAACACUGAUCCGACUGAAUGGAGUUCUCAAAUGCAAUUCAAACACAAGUAUUUGGUUCCGAAUUCAUAUAUGAUUGUAGUCUUUGCCCGACAACCACAACAUCUAAAUCGCAGAAUUUUAACAGAAGUUACUUAUAUUAAAGUAACAAAUGAAUUGUUUAACGAAAAUAUUCACUUCAAAUGUCCGAGAGUUGUGGAACCGGGAGAUCCAGCACUUUGUAAUUUAACAAUAACUAAUGGUCAGUCUAUGGAAAUGAGUGUCGACUUUGGUGACGGAACAUCUGUUUCUACAAUACCAUUGCCAGAUAUACCGAUCAGAUCAUUGGGUGUUAACAUUCCUCAAUAUAAAAAUGAAAAAGUAAAUUAUGAAAAAAUAUUAAAAAUCGAGGAUUUGCUUUUAAUUCCAUUACCCGAACAAUAUCUUGAUAAUCCCGGAGCUAUUCAAGCAAUUGAAGGUCAUGGUUCAGCACCGGGAGAUUUGCAAGUGUUUAUUUUGCGAAAAGUGUGUACAGAAGGUAAUGAUUGUCCGGCAAAUGGCAUCACUUGCUUUGAGCCGUCGGCUCUUUGCGUAAUAAAUAAGGGCUGUUCUGAUAAUUGUAAAGCAUUUCCACCGCAAACAAAGACAUUAUAUAAUAUUGUGAAAACAUUUUCGCUGACUAUACUCGAGGGACACUUUUAUCUCAAGUCAAGCAGUUCUUUCCGCUUGAAUGCUGGCGAUGUGUUGGCCAUUAAGAGUAAAGGCGCCCAAUUGGCUCACAGAAAGGCCACACCAGAAGAAAUACCAGAUUUUAUAUCCAAACAAAACAGCGAAGAUCUGACAACUAUUUUAUCUGAAAAUUUCAAAGAAGUUAAAGGAAUAAAACACUUCAUAAGACUUAUAGUUAGCGAACCACUAAUACUGUCUGUUCCUCACGAGUACGCAGAGAGUGGUCAUUACGGUAUAAAACUUUUACUGAAGAAUGAAUGGAUGGAAAAAGCAAUUUCAAGAGAAAGUUCUAUUAAUAUUCAAAGUAGUAUUUCAAAGAUACGAUUAACUGUUACGCCUCCCAACACUCCUGUCAAUCAAAAAGUUGAUAUCACUAUUCAGUUAAAUAAAGGUUCAAAUAUUAAAGUUAUUUGGGAUUUUGGUGACGGAACCGUUGUUAACGACCAAAUACCAGAUAUAAAAUCAAGUCAAAGAUUUGUGAAAUCGCAUAAAUAUAGUCAACCGGGUAUUUAUAUUAUCAAAAUAAAAGCCGAAAAUCUUCAGGGAGAAACUUCAACAUUUCAUCAGUUAAUAGCCGAACAUCCGGUUCAUAAAAACUGGAAAAUAAUGUCAGACUCCCCGCAAUUACUUCCCGGUCAGGUCACUCUUAAUUUUAGUUAUCCAAUCGACAAAAUAUUGCCUACAAAUGCUAGCACUAUCAUUGAUUUUGGAGACGGAAAACGGGAGAUUUGGACCAUUCCCGACACCAAUUGGGAAGGAAUUCAUAAUAUUAAACACGAAUAUGAAAAGCCGGGCAAAUAUAAUGUUAAAGUCAAUAUGAGUAACAUUGUCUCAACAAUUAUUAGAAGAUUUCAGAUUGAUGUUUUGAGACGUAUUACGGGCUUAAAAAUUGGUGCAAAAUAUUUUAAUCCUGAAAGAGGUUUUAUUGGUGGAAUGGGAGCUAACAAUGACUACUUUCCUAUUGAUAGACAAAUUAAUUUUACUUUUUCAACGAUUACUGGAGAUACUGAAUAUUAUGUAAUUGAAUUAAAUGGUCAGUCAUUGAAAAAUUCAACAAAAAAUAUGACAACAUUUAAGGCACACGAGCCUGGUUUUUAUAAUUUUACAUUUUUUGGUUACAAUAACAUCCAAAAAAAAUCUAAACCAUUCAAUCUUCCGCUAUAUUUAUUGGAACCAAUUGAAGGCAUGGAUGUGAUUGACGUUUCUAAUGAUACAAUUGAACCGGAAAUAAAAAGAUUUAUAAUUGAAUUUGAAAAGAUCGGAACAAAUACAUGUCUUAUUAUUGAUUUUGGAGAUAAUAAACCAGAAGUUGAAGCGUUUGGCGAUAACGCUAAUUGUAAACAAUUAUUCCCUGAAAUAAAGUUUUCAUUGAUUGGAAACCUAACAAAUCCAAUGGAAAUUGCAAAACAAUACGAAAAUCCUAAAGACUAUAAAAUUAAAUUUUUGAUUAACAAUCAAAUAUCGAGUCUUUCCAGAGAUAUAAUGGUUACUGUUAUAGAAAUUAAUUGCAAACCUCCAAUUGUAAGCAUUAGAAAUAGAGUAAUAAAUUGGAGAAAAGGCAUUGAAUUCUGGAAAUCAAAACCAAUUCAACUUUUCUCUAAAACGAUAGUCGACUGCAACGCCACAACAUCUGUGACAAGAGUUUGGGAUGCCUUCAGACUGGAUGACCAAAACGGAACAGUUAUUGAAAGGAUAGACUUGUCGUCCUUAGACUCGCACCGCAAAAGUUUUCUCUAUGUUUCGCCUUUUUUCUUGUCCGACGGUUUCUAUAAAUUUAAGUAUUCAAUAAACAUGACGUCUCCCGAUCCGCAUCCGUUACUCCCUUUUUACGCUUCAACCUAUACGUUCGUUAAAGUAGUCAGAUCUCCCAUUUCCGCACAGUUAGCUGAAGGUGCACAAUCUCGUGUUAUUCGAGGAUGGGGUCAAAGAAUCCGUUUCGCACCGGGAGAUUUCUCAAGAGAUCCCGAUGACGAUAAUAACAAAAAUUUUGAGGUCAAAUGGUUUUGCAGACGAAUUCCCGAUGAAAUGAUAAAUAGUUUGUUACCCGAUGAGAGACAAAACUUUUCAGAACCACUUUACGAUAGAACCGGUAUUGACGAAGAAUGGGAUGACGAAGAUGGCGGCGGAUGUUUUGGUCGCGGACCAGGACGAAUUAAUGUCACCGGAACUGAAGUCGAUUGGAAUACAACAGUAUUUCGAAGACCUGGUCUGACAUAUGAAGUAAUAGUUCAAUUGAUUCCUCCGGACAGAGCACCUUCUUGGGGAGCAUUGCAGAUGGUUUUGCUUAAGAGAAGACCGCCUUCAAUCAUAGUCUUAUGUCAAACACAGGCUCUUUGUUUCCCUCAUUUCCCAAUCGGACAAAAAAUAAAUCCCGUGAGAGUUGGUCUCGAAGGUAAAUGUCGUGAGAAUUGUGAGGGAGAUCUUCUGUAUGAGUGGUCUAUAUAUGGAGUGGAGAACAGUACAGAAACACAUUUAGUAAAUGCCAGUCAUUAUGUCGUCGGCGCUAACGAACCGAAGAUGGCUUUAGGCAUUGAGUUCUUUCAUGAAUACUAUCCGUUAUAUAAAGACUUCUUUGCCCGACUCGCUGUAAUCAAUGAAGAGGGAGUGAAAGGAGAAUCGGACAUAUUUUUGCAUAUAAACCAACCUCCAGAAGGAGGCGAAUGCACUAUCAAACCCGAUACUGGAUAUGCAUUGUUAGAUAAAUUUAAUGUCAGGUGUAGUGAUUGGAUGGAUCCCGAAGACAAACCAAUAGAAUACUAUGCAUAUUGGGUCAGAAAUGUUGAUUCGGGAAAUGUUCAGUACUUAAUGUAUGGACCGGACAGAUAUGUCAGUCUUAUACUACCGUACGGUAACUUUACGAUUGGUGCGGAUAUAAAGGACAAGGAGGGAGCCGUCACGCGAAUCAAUAUAACAGAUAUAUCAACACUAUUGCCGACCAGAAAAAUGUACGACACGUUUAUGCAAUCAAAAUCAUUGGACAACGUAGACGCUGCCGGAGAUCAGGCCCAAAUGAGCAUGGUCACACAAGCUCUGUCAUCUCUAAUGAAUGUCAAAAUGCCACGAACUCAACAAACGACUACAACUACUACUACUACAACAAUAGCCGCACCCAUCAGUGAUGAGCCGACAGAGCAAGAGAUUGAAGAGGCGACCCGUACUAAGGCUCGGAUGGUUAAGUCGGUUGAGGCACUCAUGAAUGUCGAUACACUUAAUAGUUUAGAACAAAUUGGAAGUGCAUUGACAUCACUAGCAGGUCGUGGCGAUGGCAUUGAUAACGAAGCCAAAGAAGUGAUAAUAAAGUUAUUAAACAAAACUGUUUCUAUGGCCGCCAAUGUUCAAGUGGAAAGUCCUCAACAAUUAAUUGACUUUUUAACAUUUGGUGUGGGAACAAUGGGUGGAAUUGUUAAUCGAAUGACUGAACAAAUAAUAUCCGGUAAAGUGCUGCCAACUGAUCGCUCCAAAGCCUGGAAUUUGGAUUACAGUGUGGAAGUGCCCGACGAAGAUGAAGAACCGGAUUAUAUAUUGGACAGCAAAACAUCAUUGAAUGAUGCGCUGGAAAAGGCUGUCAUUCAAUCUGAACGAAAGGCAGCGGAACUACAGAUCAGAUCAAUGAUUGAAUUAACCAUAAAAUUAGUGCUUUCAAUGCUCAGGAAUAUAGUGGUCGGAGAAAAACCAAUUGAAUUUGUUGCGCCCAGUGGUCUCACAUUAACUAUUGCUAUGUACCCAAAAGGUUCUCUAUCUAACCAAACCAUACGACACGGCGAUGCUAUUUAUGUAUUUCCUGAAGUCUGUGACAUAUUAGUUAAUGAAGAUCAGUGUACUGGUAAUGAAACAUUAGGAACACUGGCUGUUUCGUGGCCGGCAAUUCUCGAGUCUUAUGGCAAUAGUGUAGACCUAUUAUCUGCCGAUACAAAGACAUUGCAAUUGCUUGUUCUCAAUGAAAGUCUUCAUAUAUUAGAAGUUAGAAACACAAGUAAAUCAUUUAGUAUUAUAGUUCCGCGCAAAGGAUCAGAUAAUUCAGUGGAUGGAUCUCAAGCAUUGCCUGAAUCUACUUAUGUUUCGCCCAAAAUUAAAUGGUAUGAACGCAUGGUUUACCAUCAAUUUAUGGUUGAAAAGUCCGAUUCAGCUGUCAAUAUAGAGAUCGGACCGACAAAUCCUGAUUCAGAAUUACUGCUAUUUAUCAAACAUCGCGAUAAACCAAUGUUUGAUUACUACGACAUCCUUAUACCUCUAAGAGCCAUCAAAUCAAAGACGAGUGACUCAUUUGACAUAUUUUUGUCAAAUGAAAUCAUUGACAAUAGGACUGGAUUUUUCUACGUUGGAGUCGUUGAAGUCAACAAACGUGAACUCUUGGAGUCGAGUGAAGCCUAUAUUCUCGAUGAAAUUAUUGUCAACCAAAAUAUCUCUCAAUCCAAUUACACCGCCAGUGAAACCAAUUAUACAAUUCCCGGAAUUACCAGAGAUUUUACCACAAAUUACUCGAUGAGAAUAUUCACUUCUGGUUGUUAUUUCUAUGACUAUCACCGCAAACUCUGGUCAGCUGAGGGAUGCUUUGUUGAAAGCGCUAAUCAAAUGAUGACACAUUGCAAAUGCAAUCACUUGACAUCAUUUGGUUCGGGAUUUUUCAUUCAACCGAAUUCUAUAGACUUUUCAUAUGUUUUCGCAAACGCAGGCUUUGCUGACAACAUAACAAUUUAUAUGACAAUUGCUAUUACAAUAUGUUUAUAUAUAAUGCUAUUGAUUUGGGCGCGACAUGAGGAUAGGACAGACCUAACUAGAAUCGGUGCCACACCGUUGCCCGACAACGACCCGACAUCUAAAUAUUUGUACGAAAUAACUGUCUUCACCGGUGAUAGAGACGCUGCGGCCACUAAUUCUAAGGUCUAUUUUAUACUUUCGGGAGAAGACGACGAGACAGAAGUUAGACAUUUUGAUGAUCCUCACAGAAAAAUCUUUAGAAUGGGAGCCACAGAUACUUUUGUUUUGGCUGCUCAACGAAAACUAGGAAGACUUAACUACUGUCGCAUUUGGCACGACAACAGUGGUUCCGGAAAAUUCAGAUCGUGGUUCUUAAGCUUUAUUGUUGUCAAAGAUGUCCAAACAGGAGAAAAAUUUGAGUUUAUCUGCAAUAAAUGGUUGGCCGUGGAAAAGGAUGACGGAAUUGUCGACAGACUAUUACCAGUUGCAGGAAUAGGAGAAGCGACUGAAUUCUCGCAUUUGUUUCAACAGACGACCCAAAAGAACUUAGCCGACGGUCACCUUUGGUUCUCUGUCUUUAUGCGUCCGCCUAGAAGUCGCUUUACUAGAGUUCAAAGAGUUUCUUGUUGUAUGGCUUUACUGUAUCUUUCAAUGUUAGUAAACGCAAUGUGGUAUCAAAGAGUUCCACCAAAACCUUCGAGUGGUCUCGACUUCGGACCUUUUACUCUAUCACCCGAACAAAUCGGUGUCGGAUUCUUCUCUAAUCUUAUAGUAUUUCCGCCGACUUUCCUCAUUAUAUUCUUUUUUAGAAGAAGUCGUCUUCGAAAUCUAAGACCUUCUCGUAUUAGUGAAGCACUCAAAAAGCAGAACAUAUCGUAUCGACAGUCAAGUGCCAGCAGUCAAAGAUCUAUAAUUAGUAACAAUAAGGUUGGAUCAAAUGCAACAUUAGUUGCAAUCGACGGCGAAAAGAAAAACUCAUUUGAGAUGUUUAAUAUUGAGAACAAUAAAAGUGGUAAGAAAUCGAUUAAGAAGAAGAAGACAAAGUUUAUGCUUCCUUAUUGGUGUCGGUAUAUCGGUUGGGCUCUCUGUAUGCUAUCCAUUGCUAUCUCUAUAUUCUUUUUGUGGGCGUAUGGCAUACAAUUCGGCGACGAAAAGACCAAAAAAUGGAUCACUUCUUUAAUUGUAUCGUUCUUUGCAUCAAUUCUAGUGACACAACCCGUUAAAGUAUUCAUAACAGCACUUAUUUUAUCAACUCUUUUCAAAUCACCGGACAGUGAUGAGGAUGACAGUGAAGAGGAUGAAGAAGACUUGAACAUUGAUUUACUUCCUGAUGAAGAAUGGCUACACUGUGCAACACCUGUACGCAAGAAAGAUAGGUCACGUGUCUAUAGACCACCAAAUAUGACGGCACUCGAGAGGGCAAAACUGGAACGACUUAAAGAACUUAAAAUGACUGCAAUUCUUAAAGACAUUUUUUCUUAUUUGUUUUUCUUAUGGAUUCUAACUGUUGUCAGUUAUGGCAAUAGAGAUCCAAAUGCUUAUCUUAUGAAAGAAACUUUAGUGAAGACAUUUGUCGAGGGAAGCAAUGGUGGGGAAAACUUUAUGAAUGUUAGGGACGGAAAAAUGUUGUGGUCGUGGACUAACUCGACAUUAAUACCCGGCCUUUUAAUAGGAGAAUGGUAUAACGGAUUUCAAGCGUAUGGCUUAAGAGGAUUUCUGAACGAUAGAGUCAACAGAAUGAUGGGAUACGGUGUCCUCAGACAGGUCCGUAUUAAACCAAAUACAUGUCAAGUGGAGGAACGCAUCAAAAGAUUAACCACAGAUUGCAGAGCUUUUGCUAAUGUAUUAAAUGAAGACAGAAAAAGCUACAGAAUUGGUUGGUCUCAAGAAUCUGAUGCUUCUUAUGUUAACGAAUCGCUUCCUAUGAGUCGUAGUGGACAUCUUAAUCCAUCGAGAAGUAAAAAGGAUGAAUGGAAUUAUAGGAAACCAUCGGAAUUGGAUGGACUUCCCUUCUGGGGAAAACUUGACGUUUAUAGUGGAGGAGGUUUUGUUAUUGCAUUGAAAGGUUCGCGAACUGAUUUGUCUGAAAAAAUUAAAUCAAUGAAACAAAAUCAAUGGAUUGAUACCCGAACUCGGGCUAUAUUUGCCGAGUUUUCCGUAUACAACGCUCAGGUCAACCUAUUUGGUAUCGUCUCUCUGGUGGCUGAGUUCCAACCGGGCGGUGGUAUUAUACCGAACUAUAGGAUAGAUGUGGUCAGACUUAUGCGAUAUCAUCAAGGAUUUGGUUUAUUCAUAAUACUCUGUGAACUAACUUAUGUGGCAUUUAUUGUCUUUUUCACUGUUCGUGAAUUCAAGAAUUGGCAAAAUCAGGGAAAGUCUUAUUUCAAGAGUUACUGGAAUUGGGCUGAAGUUGUCAUCAUUUGUCUGUCAUAUGCAGCGAUGGGAUUAUAUGUCUACAGAAUAAUCUUAACCAAUCAUAUCCUAACAGUUUUUAAUACAACUCAUGGCAACGGAUACGUUAAGUUGCAAUACGUGACAACUAUUGACGAAAUUUUCGGUUAUAUCAUAGCGUUUACAACAUUUGUUGCAAUUUUGAAGUUUAUCCGUAUUUUGCGAUUCAAUAAAAGGAUGGGAAUCCUGUACUCAACACUCGCCCAAUGCUCUAAAGAUCUCAAAUCGUUUUGUAUAAUCUUCGGCACCGUUUUCUUCGCUUUUGUCCAAAUGUUUUAUCUAUUAUUUGGACUUCAAAUCAGCGACUUUUCAUCAUUUGUCAACUCGGCUGAGACUACCUUUGGAAUGGUUACGGGUAAGUUUGACUUUGAGGCCAUAUCAAUGGCGUCACCAUUCUUGGGUCCAUUGGCUUUCUUUAUGUUUGUAUUGAUCGCCGCAAUUGUCUUAAUCAAUAUAUUCCUCACAUUAAUUAUAAGCGCUUUUGAAACCGUUAAACACGAUGUGAUGAAACAAAAUAAUGAAUACGAAAUCAUGGAUUUCAUGCUUAAAAAAGUUAAAGCAAUGUUUGGUUUGGCAACAAAUCAGACCAAUCAUAGUGUCACUGAUACCGAGGACUCAAUGAAUACUAUUGAAGAACAGUUGACUUUAUUUCCGGAUAAAAUUGAUCGUCUCUUGCAUUACAUAAACGAUAUGUAUUUUGAUGGACAGCUUGAUGUCAACAACAAGAGUGCAAUGAAAAAGAUGUCAUUAAAUCAAAUGGUUAACAAUAGGGUCACUCCUCAGACUCAGACUAAUGAUAAACAAAAAAGAAGAAGAGGAAGUCGUGGCCGACAAAACCAGACACAAAUGGCACGAUUGAGUCAACCGAAGAUUCAGGUCUUGGAUUGGAUGGAAGUGGACGAAGAGCUGCAUAAUAAUCACAUGAACUAA